AUGUCGACCAAACUAAGUACUAUUGUUCUUGGCCUGAUUUUCUUCACCGCCACACCAUUUUUCGGCGACUGUAGAACUCUUUCCGAGAAACAUGAUCACAACUCUUCAUCCCUUAAUGGCUUUAACUUCCAAGAUUCCAUGCGUUUCAGUUCCGUUUCUUCUUCCACAAGCAACCAUUGCGGUUUCUCCUCCACAGACCAUGAUCCCGACAAGGAUCAAACCGGAGAACCGGUGAAGCUUCAAAUAGAAACAACGAGAACAAAGCAUUCAGUUGUCGAUCUCAAAAUCCAAGACCUCACAAGAAUCCAGACGCUUCACGCACGGGUCAAGAAAAGUCAGAACGAGAAAGUUCAAAAACAAACCACCUCUGUUCUUUCUCCGGUGAGAGCUCCAGACGUUUCACCGGGUCAGCUAGUGGCGACACUCGAGUCCGGUAUGACGCUCGGUUCCGGCGAAUACUUCAUGGACGUACUUGUAGGGACACCACCAAAACACUUCUCACUGAUUCUUGACACAGGAAGUGACCUAAACUGGCUCCAAUGCCUUCCUUGCCACGACUGCUUCCACCAAAACGGUGCGUUUUACAACCCUAAAACGUCUGCUUCAUUCAAAAACAUAUCAUGCAACGACCCUAGAUGCAGCCUCAUCUCAUCACCAGACCCUCAACCACAGUGCGAAUCAGAUAACCAAUCCUGCCCUUACUUCUACUGGUACGGAGACAGAUCCAACACAACCGGAGAUUUCGCCGUUGAGACCUUCACCGUUAACCUCACAACCACCGAAGGACGAAGCUCAGAGUACAAGGUUGAAAACAUGAUGUUUGGGUGUGGACAUUGGAACAGAGGUCUCUUCAAUGGCGCGUCGGGUCUUCUCGGUUUAGGAAGAGGACCUCUCUCGUUUUCUUCUCAGCUUCAGUCUCUCUACGGCCACUCCUUCUCCUACUGCCUCGUCGACAGAAACAGCGACACUAACGUAACCAGCAAGUUAAUCUUCGGAGAAGACAAGAACUUGCUCAACCACCCAAAUCUUAACUUCACUACACUCGUGAACGAGAAGGAGACGUUUUACUACGUUCAGAUCAAAUCCAUACUAGUCGGCGGCGAAGCUCUUGAGUCCAUACCUGAAGAAACAUGGAGAAUCUCAUCAGAUGGUACCGGUGGAACCAUUAUCGACUCAGGUACAACUUUAACCUACUUCGCAGAACCUGCUUACGAGAUCAUCAAGAACAAGUUUGCAGAGAAAGUGAAACACAAGUACCCGGUUUUUCGAGACUUCCCGGUCCUAGAUCCUUGCUUCAACGUCUCUGACGUAGAAGGGAACAAGAACAAGAACAACUUCCAUCUCCCUGAGCUAGGGAUUGCUUUCCAAGACGGCGCCGUUUGGAACUUCCCGGCAGAGAACACAUUCAUUUGGUUGAGUGAGGAUUUGGUCUGCUUGGCCAUUCUUGGAGCUCCUAAAUCAUCCUUCUCAAUCAUCGGAAACUACCAGCAACAGAAUUUCCAUAUACUCUAUGAUACAAAGAGGUCUAGACUAGGGUUUGCACCCACAAAAUGUAACCUCUUGUAG